AGAGCAGGGAGAGGAAUUAUGUGGAGGAGGACUUUAUUAAAAAGUGAGAGAGAGCAGCUGAAAGAGGAGGGCAGAGAGAGAGAGAUGCUGUUGCCACGGAAGAGUGUGGAUAAAGAAUCAUCCAUCUUUAACAGCUUGUGAGGAAUAAACGUAUAUGAAAACCUAGGGACGUAGGCAGGAAUAAAUGCUCAUAGAAGACAAAACCAACCAGAUCAUACUACCACAGGCUGUGUAUUAUAACUCCAGUCGAUCAGAUUCACACGAACAAAAGACGAAGAAGAGAGAGAGAAAGAGAAGAAGAAUAUGUGGGAAUCAGGCAGCGUAUGUGAACUCUGAAGAAGAUGAAGAGGAGAUCCAGCUAUGUAUGAAGGGCCACAGAUGGAUCAUCACAACCUGGGUUACAUGGAGAGUAAUGUUUAUUCCCACCACAACUGGACAAGAUGAGAAACUGUUGUUUUAGGAGUAGGGAGCUCUGAUGAACAGAACAGAACAGAGGUGUAUGUUUCUACCAUAUACUGUAGUUCUUACCCACCCACUCUCACCAGGGAGCACCACAUCUGGUCCACAGGGAGCCAUUCUCUGCCUGCAGCAGUCCCAAACUGGAGCUGAGGUGAACAGGGUUGGAGCGGUGUCACCCAGGGCUGGAGUCUGGACCAGAGCCCCUGGUUGGCACACAUAGCAUGCUACACCUGACCUCACCUGGUCUCAUCGCCUAGCAUUACCUGUGGAUUGUCCUGGGCUUCCCUGACUACAGGGAAGAGGAAGAGGAAGUCAUUGCCUUACAGAAGAAGAACAACAGAGACAUUCAGAGUCAGCUACAGGAGACAGAGAACUUCCUGUUGAAUUGACCCUAGGGCCCAGGCUGGUCCUGCUCCCUGAUUGGAGGAUGGGAACGGCAGAGGUCAUGUCAGAGGUCACGGCACGCAUGGACAGCAUGGAGGUCAAGGAUGAGUGGCAGGACGAAGACUUCCCCAGGCCUCUACCAGAAGAUGGAGACAUGGAGGACAGGGGGCUCACUGACAACACGACAACUCCCCCUAACACCCUGAACGUUGGUGUUUGGGGUGAGUCGUCGGCCCUGCAUAAGCGCCGUACGCUGGUAGCUCCGGACAUGAACAUGUCGCUGGACCAGAGCGAAGGUUCCGUCCUGUCAGAUGACUUCUUAGGUAACCCUGACGACCUGGAUGUCAACGUGGACGACAUGGACACGCCCGACGACAACGACUCCUUGGAGUUUAUCACCAACGGCAACGACCUGGAGUGGGAAGACGACACUCCUAUAGUGAGUUCCAAGGGUCUGCCUGGAGGCCAGACAGAGGAGGAGGAGGAGGCAGGCAGACUGUGGAGGACAGUGAUCAUAGGAGAUCAGGAACAGAGGAUAGACAUGGCUGUCAUCAGACCAUACCUGAGGGUGGUCACACAUGGAGGUUACUACGGUGAGGGUCUGAAUGCCAUCAUAGUGUUUGCGGCGUGUUACCUGCCAGAGAGCAGCUGUGAGGACUACACUUACAUCAUGGAGAACCUCUUCCUCUAUGUGAUCAGUAGCCUGGAGUUGUUAGUGGCUGAGGACUACAUGAUUAUCUAUCUGAACGGAGCUACGCCUCGCAGGAGGAUGCCUGGUAUCAGCUGGCUAAAGAGGUGCUACCACACCAUCAACAGGAGGUUGAAGAAGAAUCUGAAGUGGCUGGUCAUUGCUCACCCAUCCUGGUUCAUCCGUACAAUCCUGGCCAUCUCCAGACCCUUCAUCAGUGUGAAGUUCCUGGAUAAGAUCCGCUAUGUUCACACAUUGGAUGAGUUGAGCCAGCUGAUUCCUAUGGACCACAUACAGAUCCCAGAAUGUGUCCUGCAAUGUGAUGACCAGAAGAUGAUAGCACAAAAAGAAAGGCAGGAGAUGGAGCAUACCAAGUCUGCAUCCCCCACGGAAAGGGUAAAAGACUUCUUGGCUGAAGAUAAAGGACUGAUGGAGAAAUGAUGAGGACUGGUGUGUGGGUGAAGAGGGCUCCUGACAUUACAUCAACAUCAUCCUACCUUGUCUUACUUUCCACACAGC